CUGGAGCUCACGAUAGCAUCCAUCGAAGCCCUCCCCAGUGCCCAUUUCUCUUAAAUAAGCCAUAUAACCUUCAAAAACUUCCACAACUAAUGCAAAAUAUGUCAAUAUUGCUAUACCAUUGCUUAAUCGUGCAGAAUGUCCAAAAAUAAACUCGAAAUGAUUAAAGGCGUUUUUGUGUGAGAGCGAAAGAGAGAGAGAGAAAGAGAGAGAGAGAGAGACGCACCGAUGUGACGGAGAUUUGGGAGCAGCAGCAGAGUAGAGGGUGUUGUGCGCGCGCUAGCAGACCUGCCUCGUGAUGGUUCUGCAGUGAAUAGGUGAAGUCGAAGCAGCUGGAAUUAUAACACACUGCUCGGAAGUACGAGUCAUCGGAGGUAUUUUCACUGAGGAUAUACAGAAGCCUGGAUAUCUGUGGCAAGCAAGGUGGAAAUGUCAUCUCUGGCCAUCGCCUUUAUUCUCAUGGUGCUUGGCGUUGUCAGUGCUGCGCUGGCGGCCAGUCACUAUAACUGUGAUGGCCCUUUGGUAUCAAAUCUGCCCCAGGCCUCAUUUCAGAGAUCCUCGCAGUCCUCCAUCAGUAACGUUCCACACUUCUCCAAGCUCAACAGAAGAGAUGGAGCGGGAGGCUGGUCUCCCCAGGUGACAGACAGCCAGCCGUGGCUGCAGCUGGACCUCAGGGACAGGAUGGAGGUGACGGCCGUCGCCACACAGGGGCGCUACGGCAGCUCAGACUGGGUCAGCGGCUACCUGCUGCUGUUCAGUGACACUGGCCUAACCUGGAAGCAAUACCGACAGGAGGAUGGGGUUGGGAAGUUUGUGGGGAACGUGAACGCUGAUGGUGUCGUCCACCACAAGUUGUCCCACUCUAUCAGAAGCCGCUUCCUGCGCUUCGUCCCGCUGGACUGGAACCCCAGUGGCUGGGUGGGACUCAGAGUGGAGGUGUACGGCUGUGCCUACAAAUCGUAUGUGGCAGACUUUGAUGGCAGAAGCUCCCUGCUCUACCGGUUUAACCAGAAGUCCAUGAGCACGGUGAAGGAUGUGAUCUCGCUGCGAUUCAAGAGCCGCCAGGCUGAGGGGGUGCUGCUCCACGGAGAGGGUCAGAGGGGCGACUACAUCACUCUGGAGCUGCACCGGGGCAGGCUGGCCCUCUAUCUCAACCUGGAUGACACCCGGUUGCGGUUCAGCAGUGGUCGUGUUGCGGUCACUCUGGGCAGUCUUCUGGAUGACCAGCACUGGCACUCUGUUCUCAUCGAGCGCUUCAACAAGCAGGUCAACCUCACCGUGGACACCCACACGCAACACUUCAGGACCAAGGGGGAAGGAGACUCUCUGGAGGUGGACUAUGAGCUCAGCUUCGGGGGCAUCCCACUACCAGGUAAGCCUGGCACCUUCCUGAGGAAGAACUUCCAUGGUUGCAUCGAGAACCUCUACUACAACGGGAUCAACAUCAUUGACCUAGCCAAGCGACGCAAGCCUCAGAUCUACAGUGUGGGCAACGUGACCUUCUCGUGCUCGGAGCCCCAGCUGGUAUCCACCACUUUCCUGAGCUCCAGCAGCAGCUUCCUGUCGCUCCCGGCAACGCCGUCUGCUUCAGGAGGCUUCGCUGUGCGUUUCCAGUUCAGAACAUGGAACCCAGACGGGCUACUGCUCUCCACCCAGCUGUCCCUGGAGCCCCAGAGACUGGAACUGCAGAUAAGCAACAGCCGGCUGCGCCUGACCCACCACACGUCAGCCCAGCAGAAAGAAGAGGUCUCCACCGGUCACAGAGUGAAUGAUGGACUGUGGCACUCCGUGAGUCUCAGCUCCCGAAGUCUCCAGGUCACCAUGACUCUGGACAACGAGCCGUCCUCAACCAUCGAGCUGGGGGACCACAUGGACGCAGGAGACAACCUCUACUUUGGAGGCUGUCCCUCCUUGUCCCCAGCUGACCCAGGCUGUGAGAACCCCACAUUGGCAUUCCAGGGUUGCAUGCGUCUCAUCUCCAUCAACAGCCAGCCCAUGGACCUGAACCGGGUGCAACAAGGACGGCUGGGAAAGUACAAGGAGCUGCAGUUUGACACAUGUGGCAUCCAUGACAGAUGUCUGCCCAACUUCUGUGAACAUGGAGGGCAGUGUUCCCAGUCCUGGAACACCUUCUACUGUGACUGCUCUGGAACAGGAUACACUGGAGCCACAUGCCACAACUCCAUCUAUGAGGCAUCAUGUGAGGCCUACAGGCUGACUGGCAGCUCCUCAGGCUACUUCUCCAUUGAUCCAGAUGGCAGUGGACCUCUGGGGGCGACACAGGUCUACUGCAACAUGACAGAGGACAAGGUGUGGACAGUGGUGGCCCACAACAGCACAGAUCCAGUCAGGGUCCAGGGUUCUACUCUCCAAAAGCCCUACAUUAUGAAGUUCAACUACAGCGCCUCACCUGAACAACUGAUGGCCCUCGUGGCCGGGUCAGAGCAGUGUCGACAGGAAGUGAUGUACGGCUGCAGGAAGUCCCGCCUCUUUAACACUUGGGAUGGCAGCCCCCUGUCCUGGUGGGUGGACCAGGGUGGAGAGAGACGGACUUACUGGGGAGGCUUCCUGCCGGGGGUUCAGCAGUGUUCCUGCAGCCUGGAGGAAAACUGCAUGGACAUGAACUACUUCUGCAACUGUGAUGCCGACACAGACUCAUGGGCUAAUGACACAGGAGUCCUCUCCUACAAAGAGCACUUACCAGUGAGUGAGAUCGUGAUUGGAGACACCAACAGAACAGGCUCUGAGGCGCUCUACAGAAUCGGCCCACUGCGUUGUUAUGGUGACACGUCUGUGUGGAAUGCGGCGUCCUUCUACCAGGAGUCAUCCUACCUGCACUUCCCGACCCUCCAGGCAGAGCUCAGCGCUGACAUUUCCUUCUACUUCAAGACCAGCGUCCCAUCAGGAGUCUUUCUGGAGAACCUGGGCCUCAAGCACUUCAUCAGAGUGGAGCUUAGCUCUCCGUCCGUGGUGACGUUCUCCUUUGACGUGGGAAACGGGGGGGUGGUCCUUGCCGUCAAGUCCCAUGUGCCCCUGAAUGACAGGCAGUGGCACUAUGUGAGGGCAGAGCGCAAUGUGAAGGAGGCCUCUCUGCAGGUGGACCAGCUGCCCUUGCGCUUCCUGGAAGCUUCAUCUGAUGGACACCUCCGCCUCCGGCUCAACAGCCAACUGUUUGUGGGGGGAACAGCGGCCAGGCAGAGGGGCUUCAUGGGAUGCAUCAGAACUCUGAAUAUAAACGGCAUGACCUUUAACCUGGAGGAGCGGGCUAAGAUGACCCCGGGCGUAAGUGCGGGCUGCCCCGGCCACUGCAGCGGCUCCAGCAGUCUCUGCCACAACAGAGGGAGGUGCAUCGAGAAGAACAGCGGCUACGUCUGUGACUGCUCACAGUCUGCUUACGGGGGACCCUCCUGCAAGGAAGAGGUGUCUGUGUCAUUUGACAGAGAAUCGUCAGUGACCUACACCUUCCAGGAGCCUUUCUCUGUGAUGCAGAACAGGAGCUCGCAGGCGUCCAGAGUUUACAGAGAGAGCACUAGGGCCAGAGAGAACAUGGCUUUCAGCUUCAUGACCACACAAAGCCCUGCCAUGCUGCUCACUGUCAGCACCUUCAGCCAGCAGUACAUAGCAGUAAUCCUGGCACUCAAUGGGAGUCUCCAGAUCUGGUACCGUCUCCAUGUGUACAGGAAGCCAGAUGUGUUCAGCCCCAGCCCCAGCAGCCUGGCAGACGGACGCCUCCACCGUAUCAGAAUCCACCGUCAGGGGAAAGAUGUCUACCUACAGAUCGAUCAGGACAUCCACAGAAAGUACACCUUGUCAUCUGAUGCGGAGUUGAUCUUAAUCAGAUCCUUGACUUUGGGCAAAGUCAUCGGAGGAGAGAAUUUUGAUGAGGAGGUGAUGCAGGCAGGAUCUAAGGGCUUCAUUGGCUGCCUCUCAUCAGUCCAGUUCAAUCACGUGGCUCCACUGAAGGCAGCACUACUAAACCGUGGCAGCUCAUUGGUCAGCGUACGGGGUCAUCUGGUGGAGUCUAACUGUGGGGUGCUGGCUGACUCAACAACCUCACACCCACUCUCAGAUCAAGCUGCGAAAGCAAACAAAGAUAAGGAGCAGCAAGGCAAUGACACCCGGCAUGAUUCAGCAGUAAUAGGAGGAGUAGUGACAGCGGUGGUCUUCAUCACUCUGUGUGUGGUGGCGGUGAUGACCCGUUUCCUUUACCAACACCGGCAAGCCCAGAGAGAUGCCAGCAUCAAGGAGAAGGAGCACCGACACAACCUGGAAACAGCCUACCGGAGAGAAGCAGCCUACCAGGCCGAACCGGUCUACCGGGCCGAAUCAGCCUACCGGACAGAGCUCCACCUCCACGACAGCGCCACCCUCAGGGACAACAGGGAGUACUACAUCUGACCACAGCAUCCAGCCAAGCCUUUUAGCCAUCGCUGCUUACCUUUAUUCUGUUUUGUCCAGCUGUCUGCACGGGAGGAGACACCCAGACUUUUUCCUCGCUCCUCUGCGGUAGAAAUGAAGAAUUCAUUCUCCUUUAGGGAACUGUGGGAAUAUCCUGGUGGGGAACGUCUUCCCAUUUCUGUCUAGAUAUUUCGUAGGACAGGACUUGUAGCUGCAAAGAUGUUGAUUGGUCGGCUUACGAAUGCUGGUGAUGGGACAGGAAAAGGGUGCAAUAAGAGAUUGAAGCAUAUGGGUAUGGUGCAACGGAUUUAUCCAAUGAUAGAAAUACAAAGCCUGGAAGGGUUAGAAAAGGCAGGCAAUGUUAUAGGAAGUGUAGGCAAUGUUAUGGUAUAAAGCCACAUAGAGGAAAACAUGGACAGUGUCAAUGUUUUGGUGGCUCAAUGUAUGUCGACUGCCAAGAUUAAACUCUCCCACUGUCAUGUGGGGAAGAAAUCUCAUGUUCUGACGCAGAGAUUCUACGCACAGAUGCAAUGAAUCUAUUUCAAAUUCUUACGAAAAUGGUUAGAUGUUCAACAGAAGGGAAUGGUUGAAAAGACUAAACGCAAAGGCCAUCUUAGAUAAUAUACUAUUGAAAAACACAGAGUAAGAUAAGUAUUGUUUUACUGAUCUUGAUAAUGCAGUGAUUAAUUCAGAUUAAAUGAAUUCCACAAAGAACUGAUAUUAAAAUUAAAUCUCCAUUUUAAUAUAUCCUUAAAUAAAGCCAUUUAAGAAUGAGGUGCCCCGGACCGGUUUCCUACAUUAUAAUUAUUUGAAAGUUUGAUUUAAAAUUCUUCUUUCUCCACAAUGUUCUUGAGGUUUCUAAGACACAUGCUGGGCUGGAUUGUAUUGCUGCAAGAAAGGGAUUGUAAAAAUAACCCAGCUAACUGGAACAUCUGCUAGCGGUCCCCUAGCAAGAAAACCAAACCAUCAUAUACCACAGAAGUGGCUGCCGGCCAAGGGUUAGAGGAGUCUUCAAAGAGCUGCCAUAUACAAAGCUUUAGUUGUUCACCCAAGCUUUUUAGAUUUUUGGGGGUAUUUUUAUUGUUUUUAUUUUUUUCCUUCAUUAAACAUUUUGUUCUGUCACAUGUUUGAUCUGUUCACGCAUUUGCUACCAUUUUAUAUUGUAUUUUUUAUUAAAAGUUUUUAAUUCAUUGCUAAUGCUUGACGUCAACAGUAUCCCUGUGUUAGAUCUACAGUAUAAAGUGAUUAGUAUAUACUGGUAUUUAAUGCUGGAUAUUGAUGCUUAGUUUAGUGUAAUUUUUCUCUGAAAAUUAAGUGGGAAUGGAUAAUCGGCACUAAGUGCAAAAUAACACAGUUUGACAGUUUAUCAAUAAUAAAACAGAGAAUGAGAAUGAAAAUCGUAUACGCAAACAUCUUUGAUGAGCAACAGUUCAUAAACACACCAUCACCAAAAUAGUGAAAUUGGCGGAAGUAUUGCCUGAAUUUUUUUUUCUUUCAUAUUAAAGUGUCCUUGACAGCAAGUUAUGGUUAACCUCUGAGACUCUGAAAUCCUUUUUGUACUCAUGUUGAUAUUGUGGUUAUUUUGAGGGCCCAUUUUGUAUGGCUAUAAUUGUACAGGUAUAUUAUGAAUAUAUGUUUAAUAAAACCAAACAUUCUUUUUGAAAAAUAA